AGCAGAACUGUCCGUAUCCACCCCGUUGACUAACCGGACCUUCUCUCGGUAUCACCUCCCUGUUUCGUCGCAUCUGCGCGCACAAUGCAAAGCAUCAGUCCAAUGCUAUGCUCGAGUUGGAUAAUCACCAGCUUACUCCCACCUGCGAAGGUUUUCUCUGUCAAUCACGAGGUGCAUCCAUUCUCCGAUCGAAUCUCUGGUUACCCUGAAUUGAAUUCCUACGUGGGUUCACUUCGCUGCUCGUUUGGUAACAGGGCUCGUCACUUGCUAGAUGCCCCUCAACAGCAACACCACUCCCAUGGAGCUCGAGCGUGUCCUUUGUUGAAUUUUCGCUCCUUUCCUCGCCCUCUUGGAUCCGGUCGGUCAAUGGCCGCCUCCGUGUCAGCACUAUCUUUCUCUGUCCACUGGUCUCGCCUCGCCAGACCCUUGCGUGCCCGUGUGAAUGUCGACCCCUGUGAUCCCCGUAGAAGGUUCUCCUCCUUCCCCUUCGGGUCGAAGCCGAACUCGUCCGUGGCAUUCGUGGGUCCCCGCCAUUUGAGCCCUGUCUUUGCCGACCCUCGCGCUUCCCCGUCGCCGGCGAAGAAAGCCCUUUCGGGAGAUGGGUUUGCUUCCGCGGCCGAAGGCGAAGGCGAUUUGACGAUUCCCGAGGAGAGGCCGCUCAAGUUUCUGCUGCGGGUCGUGUUCUGGGCUUCUCUGUCUCUGGCUUGGUUCGCGGCUUCCAAGGACGCGAAUGCCGCCGUUGAUUCCAUCAAAGCAUCGGGCUUUGGCUUGAAGAUCGCGAGCAGACUGCGGAGCUCGGGAUGGCCGGACGAAGCUGUGGUCUUCGCGCUCGCCACGCUUCCGGUGAUUGAGCUCCGCGGGGCCAUUCCUGUCGGUUACUGGAUGCAACUCAAGCCUUCGCUCCUCACCGUCUUAUCUGUUCUCGGGAAUAUGGUGCCCGUACCAUUCAUCAUACUCUACUUGAAGAAGUUCGCUACUUUUCUUGCUGGAAGGAACCGAUCGGCGUCCCGGUUACUUGAGAUGCUAUUUGAGAGGGCGAAGAAGAAGGCUGGCCCUGUGGAAGAGUUUCAGUGGCUGGGCCUCAUGUUGUUUGUGGCUGUGCCUUUUCCUGGAACAGGGGCUUGGACCGGAGCUAUCAUAGCUUCAGUUCUGGACAUGCCCUUUUGGCCUGCAAUGACUGCCAAUUUUUGCGGCGUUGUCCUCGCAGGGCUUCUGGUGAAUUUGCUUGUGAACCUUGGACUCAAAUAUGCCGUUGUGACUGGUAUAAUCCUCUUUUUUAUUUCCACAUUCAUGUGGAGCAUCCUUCGGAGUCUUAGGAAAUCUUUGAGCUCAUCAAACUGAUGAAUGGAAACUACUCAAGAUUUGAUGUUAAGUUAAUGGCAUUGAAUUCUAUACUCAUUUUUCUGGUUAAAUCAUAAGUGGCUGUCUCCCCUUCACUA